AUAUGGUUGCCAAUUGACUCAUUAUUCUUGCAAAUGCUAAGGUGGUAUCCGUGGUACAAAACUUUUUAUGCUGCAAAAGUGUCGUAAACGCUAGAGCAAUAAGCAAUGAUCUGUUUCAUAUUUGCUUACAUUUCCCUUAUGAUGAAACUACCUGUCUGGAAGAACUUAUUCAUUUCCUACUGUUUAAAAAAUCGACGUGGCUUUGCAAGCAAUUCUAAGACUGUAGAUACCUUACUAUUUUUUUUCCUUUCCAUUAUUUGAAUGAAGACAUUUUCCACCUGUUCCGUAGUAUCUACAAAGACAUAGGAAUCCGUCACCAUGGAGUAUUUACUUUAUUUCUAAACAAUUUUUCGCGAGUUUGUACGCCGGGAGGAAAGCAACCAAACAUUUCAAUGAAUUAUUUCAAUAGUCACAUAUGGCUUAAUCAUAAAAGAUUAUCAGUUUUGCCAAAUGUUUCGACUUUCAAUGCUAUUUAUCACUGCAAAAGAUAUGCUUAAAGUGCCUGUGACAUGAUUUUCGUACUUUUGGGUUUAUAUAUCUAUUCUUAUGUAAAAAGGCCUGUUAUUUUCAUUUCUGAGGUUAGUUUUUACGUUUCAUGAGAAAUGAAGGAGUUAUUGGCGAUCUUCUACGCCAAAAUUCGCCAUCUUUGUUAUCAGAAUGAGUAGACAGUGACGUCACGGGAGGGACCCGACCGCCUCCUCCUUCGAGUUUUUGUAUCGUAGUCAAUGAGGGAAAUCUAACAGGUCCAAGAUGAGCGAUAUAAUUCCAGAGAAAGUAGUGGCAGCGAGGAUGAAAUUUUUGAAGGUAGCGCUUACACUGUUACAAUAGCGAGUUCCUCCCAUGACGUCACAAGAGAACGGCGAAUGAUGAUAAAGCGACUUGGCUAGGUCACACUAUUUUGCUUCAUUUCAAUAUCAAAACGCUUUUAUUUCAAAAAAAAAGUGCAGAUCUACUAUAAGAGCAGUGCAACGCUUCAAUUAAGAGAAUAAAAAAAUCAUGUCACAGGCACUUUAAGUCUCUGAUUGGAUAGCUGUAUUCUGAAUGUUAACAUAAAAACUCACAAAACUCAAUAUAUGUAUUAAAAACAAGUAUUUAUUCGAAACUACCCGAUUACAACUAUAACCAUAUAGAACGAGGAGAUUAUGAGUUUUUCAUCUUAAAAUCUAUAGUUUACCUACUGGCUAUUGUUGCCAAGUAAACCUGGUAUUUCCUGACCUGUUGAUAAGGUUUAAAAUUUUUUGUAAGGUAAGGUUAUCUUAUAUUUCAGUGUAUGGCAUACACAAACAGGAUUUCGUAUCCCAAGCCUCUUAAGGAAGCUUGUGUAAAGUAUAUAUAAAAUAGAACAUAAACCGACAGAAAAACAUCAUAUUCUAGUUUUAAAAUACACGUAUGCAAAAGAGGACCAAACACGUUAGAGAGAGAAGAAACAGGAGUAUCCGACUCGGAGAUGCCAGGGCAGUUUGAAAAAAUGUGGUUUUAUGUAAGUUUGUCAUGUAUAUGUUUGCUGAAUAUUUUAUAAAGAGUAAAAAUGCCAUUUUUGCGAUCAAACAUUUUUCUCUCUGAAUGUGUUUCUUUUCUAUUAAUGUGAAAUAUUUUCUAUCACUUCUCUGAAUAAUCCGCAAUUCAUAAUCAAGCAUCACCACCAUCUAAGUUUGAAUUGAAAUUGAGCAUUAGAUAACAGAUAGUGACUGAAGAAAUACCUAAAUGAAAUGAUAGCCAUUUUGUGUUUGUUAUAACAGCUAAAACUAAACAGAAAGAUAAAGUUCGAGUGAAAAUUUGUCGACACUUAUUAAAGAGAUUGACUUUGAAAAAAUAACUUGAUUUGUUCUUCUUAAAGCACCAUACGUUCAGUUCAAUCACAUUCAUACUUCAUCAUUACAACCACUGGCUUUACAAGAUUGCAUUUCUCGUGAUGUUAACUUGACGAUAAAAGAAUGUUUUAAACAACUCAAACAAAGCCCUAUGCCUGUUUCUCCAAUGCUGGUUGCGCGAAAAUAAAAAUGCUUUUUAAGAAGCAACUUUAAUACGUAGCAACCGAUCUUCCAGCAUAGAACAGACAGACCCCCUGGUUAAAAAACAAUUCACUUUUGGUAGGGACACGUGUUUGGACAAUCAAAAUGUUGGGUCAACGUAGACAUACAGCGAUAUUGGGAAAGAAGAUGAAAACCCUUUAGAUUCACGGUUCGAAGUGUGAUAUCAGAGCGGUGAACAUAAUUAAAGAUGGUUAGCAAAGGCCGGAUUAGCUCCUCUACACGAUUUUUGCGCCUUGGAUUUUUGGUUCUGUUUCUUCUGUUACUGGCGACUAAUUUCUUGUUUCUUAUGUAUAACCUUAACGCCAUGAACUCUGUUGAUUCGGAAGAUCAGUCUACACGAAUAGUGAAGAAAGUUAUUAAUGAUAUUGACUCCCCUUCGAUAUUGACUCGAUCUACCACAACACAAAGCACAGAACUACACUACACACAACCACCCAAGACUUUUGUGAGUGGUGAAAUUACAAGGAAGAGGAGUCGAGAGCCUUCUACUAUCACAGUACCUCCGCGAUGGAUACAAAUUGAAGCCCAGUCUGAUAAACUCCACAUAUACGUCAGAGUGGACGGGAAGAUGGUGUAUGAAAUCAAUAGCGACGACGAAAGACGCAGAGGUUUACAUAUAAUAGUUUUAAACCAAGAAACAGGGAAGCUGAUGGCAGGUGUCGCCUUUGAUUUCUAUGGUGGGUCAACAGACAGCGAAAUAGCUGCCUUUCUAGAUAAUGUAAAGGAAGGCAGAAUUUUCAUUUUCUUGAUUAAAGACGAAGGAACCCACGGCCUGAAGAAAAUUGGCAGAAAUGCUAUUAAAUCCUUUGGUAGUAGAAUGAUCUUCAACUUGGCUUACAGAGACCACUGGGCGUGCAUUUCAAAAAAAAUGAGUGGGUGGGUUGUAGAAGAUGUUAGCAAACGUACAACGAAGGAAUGGCCACCAGCAGUUAAAGUUCAUGUUUCGUUCUUAGCUGAUGCUAGUCGAGAGAAUUGCGAUUUUGGUAAAAACGCUGCUGCUAUUAGGCGACGUAAGUUUUGUAGCUUGUAUGAAGGGUAUCCUGGAGUCUGUGAAUGCAAACAAAUAAAUGAAGUUUACACACAAAAAAAGAAUACGGUAUUCAGUGAGCUAUUAGACAUACCUGUUGUAAUAAUUGCAUCAAGCAGGCCUAGAUAUCUGUUUCGCAUGCUAAGAAAAUUAAUGAGUGUCCCAGGCGCUAACCCGAGCCAAACAACUGUAUAUAUUGAUGGUGAACACAACGAGACAGCAGCCGUUGCUGAGCUUUUCGGCUUGAAAGCUGUGCGAAAUGAGAUUGAAUGCACCAAAAAUUGCAGAAUACAGCAACACUACAAAAAGAGUCUCACCCACUCGUUUGAUGCCUUUCCUCUAGCAAGAGCAGUUAUUAUUCUAGAGGAGGAUCUUGAAGUAUCCAUUGACAUUUUCGAUUAUUUCAGUCCAACAUGGCCUCUUCUUGAAGCAGAUCCAAGCCUCUAUUGCGUAUCUGCAUGGAAUGACCAAGGCUAUAAACAUUCUGUCAAAGACCCUGCAUUGCUUUACAGAGUGGAAACGAUGCCUGGCCUUGGCUGGCUUCUUAAAAGAAGUUUAUUCAAGAAUGAGCUAGAACCAAAGUGGCCUGGACCCAAUGAUUACUGGGAUUGGGACAUGUGGAUGAGAACAGAUUACAUGAGAAAAGGUCGAGAAUGCAUUGUUCCAGAUAAAUCGCGAACGUACCAUUUUGGUGCUAUAGGUCUCAAUGUUAGAAUGAAUUUCCAAAAAAUGUACUUCAGUACCAGGGUACUGAACGACAAAUCAGGAGUGAAAUUUGACGUCGAAAAAGUGAAAAAAGAAAAUUAUGAAAAGGAACUCGAAAGACUCAUCAGGGAUGCUGUGGUAAUUAACUACACAAAAACAACAUGCAAGAAUGAGCACGACUUCAUACCAAAUACAACAGAUGCCACGUAUGUGCUGUACAUCAAAAUGACUAAAGAGGAGAGGUAUGACAACUGGCUUCGAGUUGCAACGUGUUUUCGUCUAUGGGAUCUGGAUAUGCGCGAUUUUCAUUUUGGAUUGAUUAGGUUUUGGAUAAAAAAUAAUCACGUGAUUGUGAUUGGAGCACCCGAGUCGAAUUAUGCGCAUCAUAAACCCAAGAAUAUUAAACCUGUUGAAAUACUGAAGAAAAAAGCUGCAAAGUGAUAAGCUUAGGCCUAUUUUUGGAAUGUUGGAAAAAAAUCAUUUUGAUAGAGAAUGUGGAAAGUCUUUAUAAUUACAACAGGUUGGUAUAAUACUAGGAAGCAUUCAACAAUAUUUAUAGCCUUUGCUGUUAGAUAUUAAAAUACAGAUUCCUUUCAUCUCAAAUACAGGUAAAUUCAUCUUGAUUAAAGUUCACUCUUUUUAUCUAUAGGUAUUUAAUUUAAUACAGAACAUUUUUGUAGAUUUAUUCCGUUAAAUGAAUAGCUGUUGAAAUCAAUACCUGUUCUACAAUUUCAUUUCCUCAGUUGUUAGAGCAACGACGUGCAGUGUCGCUGUUUCGAGUAUUUUGCGUGUCAUUCGCUCAUAUGAAUCAUUUUCUUAAACCAUAUAGAAACAGCAUGGCAGGAAUAAUUGGUUCCAUGUGUUGUUGUCUCCCUCUGUCAUCUCUCAAACAC